CGAGGCUGGGCAGGGCUGGAGGUGGCCCUCAGCUCAUUUCAUACUUACGAGGAUGACAGUUCUUCCAGCAGCUGAUGCACCGAUCCCUAUCUUCACCACCCUGAAAGACCUAUAUGGCAGUCUCGCGACAGCAGUCAAACACGCAGAACGCUGGGAUGAGCUGGUCAGAGAGUUCCAUACCAAGUUCGGGCGUAAACCUACCUAUGUCGCCCGAGCCCCAGGCCGAGUCAACCUCAUUGGUGAACACAUUGACUACGCGCAUUUCGGCGUUUUUCCAGCCGCUAUCGAGCAUGAUAUUCUCAUUGCUUGUGCUCCGCGGCCAGCGUCUACCGCUACUGCGCAUCCUGACCGUCAUGCACCAGGCUCUGUCGUAGCUGAGAAUCUCCACACUCGUUACACCCGUCAGGUCUUCAUGCCGACCCGCCGUCAUACGCUUGGCGACGAUGUUCCUCUUGACGCUGUGCGCGUCGCCCCCUGGCAUUUAGAUAUCGAUAAAAGCGAAUUGCGAUGGGAAAGUUAUGUCAAGGCAGGAUAUUAUGGCGUUCUGAAUCACUUCUUCUCCUCAUCGUGCACAUCCCCCGUUCCUGUACCUGUUGACAUCCUCAUUACUGGAACCGUACCUCCAGGAUCUGGCCUCUCAAGCAGCGCGGCUAUGGUCGUCUCGAGCACGCUGGCGUUUCUGGCUGCCAACGGUAUUUUUGACGGGGAAAAGGCCCCAACAAAGGGUGAGCUGAUAAAUAUUGCGGUAGAGAAUGAGAGGCGGGUUGGGGUGAAUAGCGGGGGCAUGGACCAAUCAGCUUCCGUCAUCGCUCUCCCUGGCAGUGCACUAUACGUUUCUUUCGUGCCCUCCCUCCAUGCGGAGCCAAUUGUACUUCCGCGCGAUGCCGUGUUUGUCUGUGCUAACAGCCUAGUUGUCUCCAACAAAGCCGAAAGCGCCAAACACCAAUACAACCUGCGCGUCGUCGAGACGCUCGGAGCCGCCCGCGUCCUCGCACAUCAUCUCAAUUUACAAGUAGACUCCAGAGAUGGCGAAAACACGAAACGACGCCUCGUGACACUGCGUGAAGUCCUCGCUCGGAAGAGCGGUUUCUAUCGAGAUGAGCAAGACGUGCAGCAAGAAGAUCUUGUGCAGUUGCGGAAAGGACUAGAGGACUUGCUAGAGGGGAAUGUUCUGGAUUGUUUGUUGCCAAAGAUUGAAGGGAGAACGGGUGUUACUCUGGAAGAGAUGAUUGGGAUGGGAGGGAUGGAUGAAGCAGAAUUUAGGGAGGUGUAUCUUUCGUGGGUGGAUGUGGAAACAACUUACUUUGAGCUGUAUCUCCGUGCUAAACACGUAUUCGAAGAGGCGCUCAGAGUGCUCCAGUUUAGGGAGGUCUGCUUGGAUGGAGGAGACAAUGAAGAAUCCAAGCUCCAAACCCUCGGAAAAUAUAUGAAUGCCUCGCACGCGAGUUGCAACGAUCAAUUCGACUGCUCCCAUCCGAAAGUGAACGACCUCGUUCAAGUCGCGCGGAGCUUUGGGGAGGUAGAGGUGGGACAGAGGAAGGGGAGAGUAUAUGGAAGUCGUGUGACUGGUGCUGGGUGGGGCGGUUGCACUGUCUCCCUCGUACAUCGAGAAGACGUGGAAGCGUUUAUCGCGCAUGUGAAGAAGAAAUAUCCGUCGUAUGAGGGUAUGAGCGAGGAGGACCUCGCGGGUUGGGUGUUUGCGACGGAGCCGGGGAUGGGCGCGUGUGUGUUUAAGUUCACGGAUUGAGCGCCAGACUGGAUAGCUGGUCGUGGCUCAAUCGGUAUGGACUUGGCGUAUGCUGGUGUUUUUUUGGAUGUUGAUUUGACUAGUGCGCACUAGCACACUACUCGAUACAGGGACAGUUUUUACUAAUGUCGGAACCACGCAAGCUUUGUAUUUUGCUAGCCUCCCCUUCGCAUAGUGAAAUCAGAUGUUUUCGCUCAUGCGUUCAGAUAACAAACCAGAUGUGCUCCCUGUGGGUUGC